UGUUUCCCCAACAGCUUGUCUACCCUUUGCACACGAACAGUUAUCAUGAGCGACAAGCUGGAGCGGUAGAAAUAUUUUCGUGAGACAAAAGGCAGUCCUGGAACACUCAGAUCGCCCGAAAUGCGCUUUCGUACGACCUUGGUGGACAUCAACACCCUCACUCGCAUCAUCCAGACGAUUCACAAGGUCUCGCCCCGCUGCUUGAUCCGCUUAGAAGGCGAGCACGUCCGCUUCAUCUGUACUGCAGAGGCAGACGGAGUGUCCAUAUGGUCUCAGAUCUCCGUAGAGUACUUCUUCAAGGACUACAGAGUCGAGUCGAAUUACAAUAAUGAGAUCAAUUUCGAGAUCAAUACGGAUACUCUCUUGCAGGCAUUGAGGUCUGCUCAGAAUGCUGUGGAUGUCAUGAUGAGGCUCGCAAAGAGGGACAAGGAGCCUCUGUUGAGCUUCGCGAUCGCCAACAUGUCCUCCCGCGGUGUCCGUCUCGAAAUCGUUCAAGACAUCCUCAUUAAAGUUCUUCGACCUGCCGAAGCAGGGCGCAUCAAGGAGCCUCUAUGCCCAGAUCCAGACGUCCACAUCUACCUUCCAAAGCUGUACAAAGUGAGGACAGUCGCCGAGAGGAUGAAGGCAGUCUCAAGCACCAUCAUCAUCAGCGCCAAUGGCAACGAUGAAUUUACAAUGUCCGUAGAGGAGCCGGAGACUGCAAUCGAGUGCACCUGGAAGAACUGUGGGCAUCCCACGAUCGCAGGCGCCGGAGCGCAGCAAGCGGACCCUUCACAACGCUUCAGCGUAAAGCUCGAGGCAAAAUCUCUACUCAAGUUCCUCAGCAGUCACAUUGUCGAAUCGAGAACAGUGGCCUGCAUCUGCUCAAACCACUGCGCGAUCUUCUACGUGUACGUGGGAGACAGCCGAAAACCUUCUGGCGUCCUGACAGUGAGUAUGAGCGAGUGACGCGGUCACGGAGAGACUCCCAGCUGACCUAUCUCCUCUUGCUCUAUCUACCCUUGUAGUUCUUCAUGCCGCACGUAUCGGAUGAUUGAGCAGAGCACGACUCGCUGCAGUACCUG